UGCCUGAAGCUAAUUAUUUCUCUUUCCAAACUAUGUUAAAAAAUAUACAUAUCUGCAAUGGCUCAAAUGCUUUGAUCAGUUUUUCAAGUGUCCACAACAUCAUAAUGAUCAGUUUGUUUUUUCUAGUUUUCGGUUUGAUGGCUGGACUCACAGCAUCAUCAUCACCUUCAUCUCUUAGGAUUUUGGAUCUGGUCUGCAACCAAACGGGCCUUCACCAUUGCACAGUUUCCAACUGCUCAGACAUGGACAAGGUUCCUCGACAAAAUGCUUGUACCGGCCCACAAGAGGUUUCUGUGCAAAUAAAAACCAGCAUGGGCCAGGAUGGGCCUGUUCCUGUCAUGAAUGUGGCUUGGGAUCUAAAAGCUGAUGCAUCCAUUUAUAGAAUCCGCGGCACAGAGAUAAAGGUUACAGAAGAAAAUACAAAUCAGAGUGUGUGUGUGCAGUUUCAUUACUCUGUUGGUGAUUUACUAAAUCCAAGUCAUAAAAGGUGGACUUUUUCCUUGGAUGUUUUGGUCGAGCCUAAGCAUACAUAUACCACGGUAGUGUUAAACUUGCCUGAACCUCAGAAGGGACAUUAUAGGAUGUCAAACCAAACUACUAUACCAGGAUGUGAAGACCAGAGGAUCAAAAAGGCCCAAUUGUGUCAGGAGAGUGGUAGUCUGUGGGAUCCCAAGAUAACUGUGUUUACUGAGAAGGAAAAUUUGAUUCUUGUGGAAUUCUACUCCUCUGAGUUUUCAGAGAGAUAUCGAGUUUUCAUCCAGAGUGGCAGUUUGAAUGAUUCCCGAUGGAUCUUUAAGGAAAACAGAACGCUGCUGAAUGUGACGUUGCGGCGUGGUUUUUCUCAGCUCUCACAAUGUGAAAUGCUAAUAACGAUCCAGCCAUUUUUUAUUCGCUGCAAAAAUAACUGUGAGAGUGCUAGGAAAACUGUUAAACUCUCCCAAAGUUGCAUAUUUGCCUGCAGCAAGUUUAUUGAGAUCUGUUUGGUGCUGCUGCUGAUCUUUGUUGGUUUUCUUGUUUACUUCCUGCAGAAAGCAUUUCGUAGAGGACCUCCGACCACAUCUCCCUCUGCUGACCAACAACAACCAGAAAUUGUUCAAGUUCAAGAGAGAAAACGUGUCCUCGUCAUUUACUCCCUCGACCAUCUGUUAUAUAAGAACAUUGUUCUGAAGUUAGCGUCCUUCUUAGCAGCAAAAUGUGGCACAGAUGUGGUCCUGGACAUGCUGGAUUCAACCAGACUGGGAGUACUGGGGAGCAUCCAGUGGCUCGAGUGGCACAAAGAGCAAAUAGAGAGAUCUUCAGAUAAGAUAUUAAUUCUUUGCUCCCGAGGAGUAAAAGCUAAAUGGAGAGCCAUGUGUGGAGGCAAACAGGUUUUUUUGAGAGAGGACACCCUCUCUCCAAUAGGUGACACACUCACUCCAUCCCUCACUCUCCUGGUGCCUUAUUUUAUCCGGUCUGCAUCGUUUGAAAAGUAUAUUGUGGCUUACUUUGAUGACAUUUGUUCUGAGGAAGACAUUCCCUUGCCCUUUAAGAUUACAGUGCGCUACAAGCUAAUGAAACAGUUUGAGGAGGUCUUUUUCAGAAUCCUGAACACAGAAAAACAUGAACCAGGUCGAGUAAAGCAAAUUGAUGGACUCUCAGAAGAUACAUACCACGAGUGCCCUUCAGGGAGGGCCCUAAAAGAUGCUAUAGAGGCUUUUCAUGAAUAUCAGCUGGAGCAUCCACACUGGUUCCAGGAGGAGUUGCUGGAAUGCCCAGAGCUGGAGGAUGAGGAGGCCACGGCUGCAUCUGAUGAAAAACAGAUAAUGACAAUCACAGACCACCUAACAUAUUCUGUGCUUAAUUCAGUCCAAAUUAUCAGCGACAUGGAGAUCCAAGACUGUGCCGUCACAGUAAAUAAAACAAAUGUUCAACUGGUUGAAACACAUCAGAUGUGCUCAACUCCGGAGUUCAAAUCUCACACUGUAGAGGGCAUGCGGCUGCUUUAACAAGAUUACCUGAAAGUUUUCAUCCCCCCCAAUUAUUUCAAGGGAAAAUCAUAUAACUCUGUUGUCAUUGUUGCAUUAUAUUUACAGUUUACGUAAAACUUAUUUCUAUCAUUGGCAAAUGAUAUUCGACAUGCUUUUUUUUUUUCAUGAAAUGUCAAUAAAACGUUUUUUUUUAAUGAUA